AACAAACAUACAUACAAACAUAACAUCCUGGCGGGGUAAUUAAAUAUCUUGAACAUGUACAUUGUCAUUGAAUCAAUUGUUAAUUUUCUAGAUAUUACGAUCAACUUGUUUCCAUGGAAAGUAAACUACCCAUAUCAGAAAAUCAGGUAAAUGACAAACUGCGAAGCAAUAAAAAACUUCAUUCUUCAUAUUGGCUUAUUGCCAUGUAUACAUGACGCACCUGCGUCUGGUGGUAUUGAGUAAAAAGGGAUGACCUUUUAUUCAAAUUUAGUAAUUUACUAUUCAGUAAGAUUAUGUAUAUGUACACAAUAUUCACGAAUGUGAAAGCAUCACACAUACAAUUAUAUUUAGAUGGAAAAUUAUCUUAUAUAUGCAUGUUUAUGCUUAUAACAAUCGUAUAACUUUCAAUUUUUGUCUACAGAUUCGAAUUACAUUCUCAUGGUAUAAUGCUUUUGAUAAAGGUUCCUGGUUAUCCAGUGACAAAGCAGGUUUGUACAUCAUAGUCAUGCAUGGGCACGAUUUAAAUCCUCAAUAAUAUCUUCAUUGCUGUAUUGUUUGGAUACAAAAUCUGGAAAUGAUUAAACGAACACAAUUUGUGGAGUAAAAGUUAACAGCUUCUAUGACGAAUUCGAAAAGCACAUGCUCAAAACACCGUUUUUGCUUUCAUUUAUCUAGUGUUGAAUUUUCAACCUUACGUUAGAGUAUAUCAUUUAUUUAUUAUAGCCCUUGCCAGUGCUUCCUACGAGAAAAUGUGCUUGUUAUUCAACAUUGGAGCAUUACAAAGUCAAAUUGCUGCUUCCCAAAACUUAACAUCAGAUGAUGGCUUGAAAACAGCAGCCAAAUAUUUCCAGGUAAAUAAGCAUUACUCAUCUAAAGUCAUCUUAUAUUCCAUCCAUGCAUACAUGACACUAAUAACAUACAUUUUGUUUCUAUUAGGCAUCUAGUGGAACAUUCCAAAUGAUUAAAGAUAAAAUUUUCAGUGUUCUACAUCAAAUUCCUACCUCUGAUUUGUCACUGGAGUCUUUGACUGCACUUAUUGCCAUUACGUUGGCUCAAGCUCAGGAGGCAUUUUGUUUGAAAGCUAUUCAAGGUACAAUACAGUAAAUGUUGCACAUCUGUGGAAUACUAGCUAUGUCUUUGAAUGACUAAGAUUCUCUAAUUUUGUAUUCUGGAGCCAGUUGUUCAAAGCUGGGUUAGCUUAACCCUAGGUUGACCUUCAAUUCACAGCAAACUUCCCAACAGCUUGUUUAUAAAUUUGGAAAUAUUUCUUUAGAAAUCUUGUCUGAACCAGUAGGAGUUUUCUUCUUUGAAGUUUUAAAAUAAACAGACGUGCAGAAAUACAUAAAAUAAAACAGCAGGUUAAAUUUUAAACGAAGGUUAACGCUAAUCUAGCUUUGGGUCCUUUUUGAAUCCACAAUUAACUCUUUUUUUUCUCAAAACUGUGCAUUUGUUCGGUUAAACAAAAUUAGAAGAACGUGUGUCAGUGAAAAUAUAAUUUUAAAAAUAUUACUCCAUGCAGUUCAAUUUUGUCAGAAUGGAGUUUGAAAUUUACAUUUCCAAAAUUACAGAUUCCCGCGUUGACCCACUAAAAUACUGUGUACGAGAUUGCUAAAACACCUGUGCAACUAAAGCCCCACUGGAACACUUCCAUACUGUGGAAAUUUCGUAGAAAUUUUAUAGAAAUACCUAAAAAAGGUUUGGAAAUUCAUUUUCCAAAGUUUUCCACACUUCCAUAGUAUGAAAAUCCAGAAAAAAACGUGGAAAUUUUCUAGAAAGCUAGAAAACCAAGGUAUGGAGAAGGUUCAAAUUUCAAUGGCGGCGGAACAGUUGUUGUUGUUUUUUGGGGUGGGUGGACUAACUUCCAUAAGUUGGACAGUUGUUGUUUUGAGGGAGCUAACUUCCAUCGUAUCUUUUUUUAAGGGGGGGGGGGUUAGAAACUGAAAUUUUCGCCACUGAAAUUCUCCAGUUUGAAACUGCUUCUAUUCUCGAUAACCUCAUUUACAUGCGUUUGGAAAUAACGCUGCGUCUUACCGUCUCUUUGUCGCAUUAUUGUACUAUAGACGUAUCUUCUUAGAACUAAAGCCUGUUUUCCACUUCAACCGUAUCGUAACGUAUCGUAGCAUUUUCUUUUGUGUCGACAUCAUUAGUUCCACACUAUAUACCGCUCAAGAAACAAAGAAAUACACUACGUUUCGGUACGACACGAUUGAAGUGGAAAACCGGCUUAAUGUUAUCCCGAAAAAAGUGUGCAUGAAUACACUAUAUGCAUGUAUGAAUUAACAAAUAUAAAACAUUUUCCGUGUUGAUAUACAGUUAUAUCAACACGAGUGGAAAUUGGGAAAACGAGAAAUUGUGUGGAAACACGACGCCCGAAGGGCGGAGUGUUUUCACACAAUUUCGAGUUUUCCCAAUUUCCACGAGUGUUGAUAUAACUGUAUAUCAAUACGGAAAAAUGUUUUAUAUUUGUUUUAUAAUAUAGCACAAAGAAAUAUAAAGAAAGAAAUUUUCCGACGUUUCCGUGUUGACAUUGAGUUAUAUCAACACAGCUCUUAGCCAAUCAGCGUUCAGAAUUUAGAAAUGCUAUAUUAUAAUACACUAUGUGCAUGCAUGAAUACACUAUGUGCAUGCAUUAAUAAUCUAUUUAGAAAACUGUAUAGUGUAUUAAUGUACACUUUUAUAGGAAUAACAUUUAGUUUUACAUUUGCUGAAACUACCUGUAAACGCGUAUCAGUCUUCUUAUUUACUGAACUUUCCUAUGACUUCAUGUACACACAUUAUAAUUAAAAUAUCACAUUCAUAAUGUUUUGUUAUCUUGUUGUUUAGACAAAAUGAAAGACUCUAUCAUUGCUAAAGUUGCAUCCCAAACCUCAGAUUUCUACAGCAGUGCAGUUCAAGCUGCUAAUGUGACCGCAGCAAGGCAACUGUUUGACAAGGUACGUACAGUAAACUGCGUGUUUUAAGCAGACUUUUAGUCAGGGUGUCAAAAUUGGCCGUCCAAAAAGUACCGUGGGAGUGGCAACCUAUUUAAAAAAAAAACAUGGCACAUGAAAUCAAUUGUCAUAUGCUCAUAAUUCAGCGUCUUUAGACAAAGAAAGUAUCUGGACGCAUGUAAUAUAUAAAAUAAAUAGCAGCUGACAACUUUUGAGGUGAUCAAUUAAGAAACCGCAAACCUUGCGAGUUGCUGUUUAAAGACAACAUCUUCAUAAGCCGUUUAUUAAGAAGUGGCCGUAUAUAGUAUAGGGCUGUUGGACGGCCGUCUGGCUGAAGGCCUAGACUUUCAAGUCAGCAAAGAGAGUAGUUCUAUAAUCUGUUUAGAAACUAUUUUAUAUGUUUCUGCACAUAGGAAUGGAUUCCAAUGUUGUCUGGAAAGAAAAGUUAUUUCACAGCACUAGCAGAGUACCACCAAGCCGCUGUCGCUAAAGAUAAAGGGACAUAUGGGGAGCAGGUUUCGCGACUGAAGGUAUAAUUCAUCUCUUUCAACACAGACAUCUACCCUUCACAAUUUUUGUCUAGUAGUAGGACUGAUUAAAACUGGGAGAACGAGACGGUAUAUAGGACUUCCUUAAGCAUCUUCCCAUUCCAGUAAAAAUGCCCAAACUGUUUAGGCAAAGAGAGUGGCGCUAUCACAAAUAUUAUUAAUUACAGCUACAUAUGUUAUAGUAAAAACAUUAACUGUUUUUAGGUAGCAAUUGAUCGCAUCUCAGACACAGUCCGUGUAAGCCAAGGCACAGUGAAUGUUCAGGUAGUGUAUGAGAAAAUUAGUUUCCGAAAUUAUUGUUCCAUCUUACAUCUUCAUCUGAAUUUUAUAUAUUGACGGCAGAAUACAGCUAAACUCAAGCAUGCGCAUUGUGUUCAAGAAGGGAAUUUGUGUGUGCCUACAAUAAAUCAAUAUGUCAACCCAGUUUAAUCUUUAUUUUUUGAUCUGGACCUUUCCGUAGAUGUUUUCAGAAUUUUAAUCCCACAAUUGUGUAUUGUGUUAAAUUUCAACCUUAUUUUUAAACCUCCUUAGGAAUUUGUUUGCGUCGCGGAAUUGAUUAACCAAAAAUUACACGAUACAAAAUAUGUAUAAUUACAUAUAUGCAUAAACGAACACUGGAAAAAAAUUGAAAAUCCAUAGAAGGUCAUAGAAUGGAAAUUGUAUGGACUUUUAUUGGAAAUAGCAUGGAUUAUCCAUAAUAAUUGUAUAUUUCCAUACCAUGGAUAUAGUAUCGAAAUAGUAAGGAUAUACUAUGGAUUUAAAGAUACAAUUGUAAAUUUUAUAGUAUGGAUUUCACAUUUUUUGGAAGUUGCUGUUUGCAAGACGAAAUAAAUCAUUUGUGAAUUUUUGUCUUACAGACAUGGUCAGAGAAAAUCAAUCGUGCUCAUAAGGAGGCAAAGAAAGACAAUGACUUUAUCUAUCAUGAUCAAGAGCCUCGACCUGAUGCACUUCAGCCAAUUGGCCGAGCUGCUCUGGCGAAGCCUACACCUAUGGGAGAUGCUCCAAUUACGAGUAAUUUCAAAGAUAUUUUUGAAAAGUUGGUACCAACCGCCGUACAUCAAGCUUUACAAGCAUUUGAAUCAAGACAAGCGGAAAUAACAAAUAUUGAAGUUGGGCGGUCAAGAAAUGCAACUCAGGAAUUAAAGGGGUAUGGUAUAGCUCAUUAAAAAUAUCCAUCAUUAAACAAGGCAUGAUGUUCCAAAUUAGCGCCGUUGCGCAUAAAAUCAUAAUGUCUAUUCCAGCGCCGGAAUAUGUCUGGCAGUGCAGCACGGCUGCCAGGAACAUUCAGCUUAUUGUUUAGAAAUUCCCAAAGUGUUUUGCAAGUCGAGAUUGUUUUGUGUCGAGAUUGAAGUUUAUCACAGUGUGCGGCACCAUAUAUACGUUCUCUGAAAUCUAAAUAUGCAGGAUGUUUUAUAUUUAAAGACUUAUACACAGGAAUUUUUUAUUUUUGGAUUUUGCUGCCACGUCUAUAUUCUCACGUGAAACGUCAGUGUUUUUUAAGAUUACAAUUCCAGUGUUUUUAUCAGGGCGUUUAUAUACAGUAUAUAUAUCGUAUGCGUCAAGGACGGAUUUUCAUUUUUUUUUAAAGGAGGGAUUGAAAAUGUUGAUGGGGUUGAACACUUUAUAAGAGAGGUUAGAGAGAUUCUAGGGGGGGUUAACCCCUCCUAACCCCCCCCCCAAUAAAUCCGCCCAUGGUAUGCGUCGCUCUAUAUACAAGUGCUCUAUGUAUGCACCGCCCAGGUUUUUAUCUGUUAUUGUUCGUCCGUCUAUGCAACCGGUCGACUCUGCCACUCUCAUGCUUCGCUUUGUAAAUGCAGGCGUCCAAAGUUUUAUUUCCAAACAAUCAUAUACAGUAUCUUUGUUUUAGUAUGUUGGCCUCCUUAAAUUUACCUGCUGCCAUUGAAGAUUUAUCUGGUGAACAAGUCCCCAAAUCUGUGUUGGAAAAAGCUGCUUCUGUGCGAGAAAAAGGAGGACUUGGUGUCAUUGAUCAUCAGUUGCAAGCCUUGCCUGAUCUUUUAAACCGAAACCGUGAGAUUUUAGAUGAGGUUAGUUGCUAUAGCAACUAUAGAUUAGUUAUCCAUGAUAGCAGUCGAAAACAAUACAUUAGCGGUUACUAAUAAUUUCUAAGGUUGCAGCAAAUAAAGAGCAGUUAUAUAUUGGCAACCUAAAUUCGCACACCCAAUAUUUCGCUAAGCGCCCGCUACUGAUAAAAGAACAUUGUUUUGUUCUGGGAGGAAUGCAAUAACCACUAACAUUGGAUUCAUGUCCGUUCCAGACUGGAUAACAUUUAACCAAACCUCGUUCCCAGGCUCUCUCCUCUGCACUCCUAUCUCGUACCCAGAGCGAAAUGGGUACGAGAUUGAUCAUGCAUUGGCAUGCAGAAAAUUAAUUUUGUAAUUGUGUGCGCCUGCUUGUAAAACUUUUCUCUUUAAUAACCGUUCGUACUUGCAAAUUUAAAAUUAUAUAACAUACUGGCACCUUGUUGUUGACUAUCAUUUGAAAGUGUGCACUUCUUUCACAAACGUAGAACUGAGGAUGUGGUACGGCACGUGUGGCAUAUGCGCGGUUAACGCGUUGCCUCUCACCACUGAAAAAUUAAACCAUUACUGGGUCGGUGACUAUACCUGGUAAACCCUAACUUGAACUCGAGAUUCAUGUGAGUUGAGUUGUCGUAGUUGAUCUCUCGUAUCUUGGGCGGUUUUUCUCUGAGUUAGAGAUAGUUAACGUCAGAGUUCGCUUUAGGAUUGGGGUUAGGAUUGGGGUUAGGAUUGGGAUUAGGAUUGGGGUAUGGUUUAGCGUAAGGUUUAUAGGAUUGUUAUAAGUACAUGGUUAUUGAUAUUACAAUAAGCUGUUUUAUCAGAAUAUCAGUAAACGUUGCUGUCUUCCAUUAGGCUGCUCGCUUGUUGGACGAAGAAGAAAGACAAGAUACUCAGAUGCGAGAACAUUUCAAAGAAAAAUGGACGCCCAAACCAUCAGCUGAAUUAACAGUGAACUUACGUGAAGAUUGUGCCAAAUACAGAGCGAUCGUUGAAAAUGCAACAAACGCUGACAAGAUUGUUAAAGAAAAAUACAAUACCCAUCGGAAGUCCAUCGAACUGCUCUCCAAAUCUGAUGUAAGAGUACAGUAUUUAGAUUCUUUUUUUUACACACAUAUAGUUGGUGUCUUGUUGAAAAGAAAGUUGUCCAUAAUGAAUAUUGCAAUAUUGCAAAGUUGUACAAAUUGAGCUACAAAUUACUGUAGCUAUAGUUGGGGUUAACCGUAGGGUUUGGGGUAAGGGUUGGGUAAGAGUUGUUAACCCUAGGGUGAGGAUUUAUGGUUAGGGUUGGUGUUUAACCUAGGGUUGGGGUUGCUAGCUGCAGUGUUUAUAGUAUCCAAUGCGGUUAGACUGUACCUUACGCUGAUUACAGUAGUUCGUUUUAUUUGAUUUUUUUGAGAAAAAUAUACCUUUCUAAUUUGCUCUCUACAAUCACAAAUGUUAGGUUUAUUAAUAUUAUAGAACUAAGUAGUAUUAAUUGUGUGAUUCUUUUUACUGUACAGCCUAAGACAAAGUAAGGGGCUGAAUAUUAGAAAAAUGAUGGGCGCGGGGGGAGGAAGGGGGGUUCAGCUUGCACAAAUAUUUUUCGCUCAUCUGCUUAUGUUGGAAGAUUUUUGCGGAAUUUUAAAGGUAUUUUUCUUUGCUUUUCUCUUCGCAAGUAUUUUUUCUAAUGAUCCGCCCCUAAGUGGUCUUCAGCAGGGACCUAUACAUGAUGCGCUUCCAUCAACAUAUUAGUGUUUAAUCACGUUAACAUUUGUAUUUUGUGUUAAAAAAUGAAGUAUAUAAUUCACAUAUCCAGGGAGAGAUUGCAAGUAGUCUUCCAACAGUUCAGACAUCUGGUCAGACAGCAAGUCCUGUAGUCUUGGAGUUACGUAAACUUAUGGAAGAAGUCGAAACCAUUCAGGCAGAACGUGAAGCUGUUGAAAGUGAAUUUACAUCACCAUCUCAAGAUAUGGGUGAGAAUAUAUAAUGCUUAAUUUGUUGUUAUCCUAACUUUUUAUCCAGAUAUACAGUAUUCAGUAAAAGAUUAUUUUUAUCGAGGGGUGCAUCACUCGUACUCACAUUUUAUCGAGGGGUACAUCAUAUAAAAAGUGUAUGAGAUUUCGGUGGUUUCGAAAAUCCCGUGGGAUUUUUGGAUUUUUUUCGGGGUUUGGAGAGAUUUUCUGGACUUUUGGAAUAUUUUAGGGAUUUUAUAGGAAUAAAAAAUUUUAUAGGGAUUUUUUAGAGAUGUUUAUCGAGAUGUACUAGACGUUUUGAAGUGGUACACCCUCGAAUUUAUAAUGUAAGAUAACUGAAUUAAUUAUUUCCUCAGCUAUUUACAAUCACAGUUUAAAGUACAGUGAUUUCAUACACUAUUUAGUACAGCGAUUUUCUAAUCCCGAUCUUAACACAUAUUAAUACCUAAUAUUAAUAUGUGUUAAGAUCGGGAUUAGUAAUACAUACAUAAUAAUACAUACCCUAAUAUUAACCAUUUUCCUUACCCUAAUCUUAUGUCCUAACGUUAACCCCAAUCGUAACCUAAUGUUAACAUGAACCGAAGCUAUUAUGACGUCAUUGGGUAAUGUUGGUUUUGGUAAUUUUUCAUUUCCAGCCGCGAAAUUCUUGGGUGCUCUUGCUGCAGAUGGAACGAUUUCAGAUCUUGAAGGAAUUACAUCAAGUGGUUUGGACGAAAAAUAUAAUCCUUUGAGAGAACAAGUUGAAGAUUCAUUAAAAUGUCAAGAAACACUUUUGAGCAAAAUCAAGGUGUGCAAAUAAAAUACACGAAAAAUAUCGUAGGAAAUAUGGGCUGUCGUAAUGAAGUCGAAUCGAGAGUUAAGCUCAAGGUUUCCGGCUUAAUAUACCAGCGCUCUGACUGCUGAGCUAUUGGAAUGCCCGAUUGCAUGAUGUAUCAUUAAACGGCGCGAGCUCCGCUCUCAGGCACCCAGAGUAACAAAAUCUAGUGUAAGACGUUUUGCAGCCACCUUUGAAAUUUUGCUCGCAGGCACAAAAAAAUAUCAAUGAGCUCUGUUGAGACGCUCGGGAACAUACAUUCAACACAAAAUACCUAAUCUACAUACGAGACAAGCUCUGCAGAUAUGAUUGAAUGUGGAAUGAUUGCUGUCUUGAGCAGCGUAUAACACCAAGUUGCAGUUCGUGCGUGAGCAAGACAACGAAAUAGGAAGACGAAGGCGUACUUGCCCAUUUGCGGAUUAUCUUGCGAAUACCAAGCUGGGGUCACUGGUGGUUGCUCAACGUGUCUUCCCGUUGUAUAUUCAUGUCUCGCUGUUUAUGAAUGCUAAUCUUUACCCUGACCUAAGCGAAGGCAGAAGAACGAGGACGGGAUAUGGAACCAUGUCUCGCUGUUUUGUCAGGGUAAGGAUUAGGUUCAGCAUUCAUAAACAGCUAGACAUCAAUCUAUAACCCGUCUUCGAUGAACAACCGCCGGUGACCCACAAACUCAUGUGCAGACUGUCAAACAUUGUCAAGUACGUCUUCAUCGUUGUAAUUCGCUCCCUUGCUCAAACUCUCUAUUAUAUAUCGUAUGGGCCUACGACAUGCAUGGUUAUAUGCAACGUUUUUUCAUCAGUUCACCGUCAAAUUUGUAUAAUUCUACCAUCUAACAAGGUACAAUACUCUGGCACCGUACAUACAGUAAUUAUUCACUAUAACGAAAUCAAGCGUCUCGUAAAUAAUCUUUUUUAUUCAGGAAAAAAACGAUAAAUUUGUUGCUGAGAAGACGUCAGGUCAAGCUGCAAGCCAAAGAGAAAAGAUGUUAAAAGAUUUGGCUGCUGCUUAUGAUGUUUACACAGAAUUGACAUCGAAUUUGUUUGAGGGAACAAAGGUUGGUGUCAUGACAGCAGACAGCGUAGUGUUUCACAUUUUGUAUGCAGGGCUGCAUGAAUGUAUAUAGUAAUCAGUGGGUUUUUCCCAGCGAGCUCCAUGUAUAUCUGGAGUGAGAACUCGAGUCUAAAAAGUGAAGCAAAGACGAAGCUAUUAGCCAUUCCGAAGUUGAUGAGAGGACUGGGGACGAGUGUUAAAAGGUGCCCAAAUUAAGAAAUGAACCAAAUCACUAAAAAAAACGCCUCAAAAUUAGUAAGUAUACAAAGUUUGAAAACGUUUACAUGAAUACCCUUCGAAUAAUAAGCUUUCGAAAAUCGCGAUAUUUGUAUAGGUAAUCAUGCGAUGGCGAGUACAAUUAGGGAUUAAUAAUUACUUGUUUAUUAUUAGCAUGACAAAAUUGGAUACGUACUUUUCAAUGUCAACGUCAUAUUCUCUCGCCAAAGCCCAGUCCUGCCAGACUUUCAACCAAAAUUUGGUGCUUUUGUUUGUAUUUUCAUUUAGUUCUUUUGUUCAAGCAAAAUUUGGUGCUUUUUUUCGUAUUUUCAUCUAGUUCCUCCACGGCAAUUUCAUUUCGCAAUUGCGUUUAAAAUACCUUUCCACCAUUUUGUUUGUUUUGGGAAAAUCAUUAAUUGUACUGCAGUACAAUUAAUGAAAUAAUUGUACUCCUCUCAACCAAUCAGCAUCCAGUAAUUUUGUCAUGCUAAUAAUAAACUAUGGAAUGUACUGUAAUUUUUGUUUUUGGGGACGCGCGUCCCAAAACGAAUCUUUUAAUCAGUAAUUUCACAAUUUUCGAAAGCUUAUUAUUCGAAGGGUAUUCAUGUAAACGUUUUCAAACUUUGUAUACUUACUACAUAUAAUUUUGAGGUGGUCUUUUUAGUGAUUUGGUUCAUUUCUUAAUUUGGGCAAUUUUUAACACUCGUCCCCAGUCCACUCAUCAACUUCGGAAUGGCUAAUUGGACGUCAGUUUUAGUCCCUUUCUAUUGUUUUUGUCUGCGCGGUCAGACAUGAAGCUGCAAGGAGUGUGUGAAAUGGGUUUAUAAACUGAUAACCCGAUUAGCGAUACAGUCCGUUAGAAGAAACUGGAAUAACAUUAGUAUAGAAAAACAGCAUGGUAAAACUGUGUACGACCUUCAUAUUGGACGUCAAUUCCGACCAUCUUGGCUUCAUUUAUUUUACUAGUGUACUGAUGUUCUUGUUCCAGAUGACUACUGAUCUUGCUGCAGUAUAUAUAGAGCUCACUGCUUUUCCCAACUCCCAUUUUGGAAGACAGAAUUCUUAUCCAGUCUAGAGGGGAGGGGCAGUUACAGGAGAAAGGGUUGAUAAUUCGAGACGGAGUAAUGAAUACUCGGCUUUUAUGCCUUUUAUUUUCAUUUUCAUUUGUAGUCUUCUUUUGUGGUAUUUUUCUUCCCUCAUUCCCUAGCAAAUAUUGAUUACAUACAUACGUUUUCCCCUUUAAUAUACAGUAUUUUAUCUAUAUAUUACAUAUUUCGCAAGAGCAGGGAACUCCCACAAGAAACCCCAAUCACAGGGUUCCUAUACUUAGUUCACUUAUUAUGACUGUGAAAUAUCAAAUAUGUGAACAAUAUUUAUAGUUAAACAAUAAUUGGUACAUAUAUUCUUACUCGAUUUUAUUAUUGUGUAGUUUUAUAACGACCUAACAGAAAUUUUAUUGAAGUAUCAAACAAAGAUAUCAGAUCUUGUGUUUGCACGUAAAACUGAGAAAGAAGAUCUCUCCAGGUAAGAGCAAUGAUAUUUACAGUAAGUCAUUAAAAUACUAUACUCAGACCAUCCAGCUGACAAUUAAUCAAGAGUCAUGUGUAAACGAAACUUUCAAGUCCUAUAGGCUUUCCUAGUAGCAUUGUAUAUUCAUUUGAGUCUUAGACUAAGGUAGGUUUAUUUAACCCCAAUAAGACAAAAGUCAUGCUUUUCUCGACUAGUCAACUCUCUCGUGUUCACCAACUUGAUGAAGAUCGUUCUGUUCAUCUUCAUGCUAAUGGAAUUGAACUUAAAAGAACUAAAUGUGCGGCUCUUCUUGGUACUACAUUGCAUCAAAAUUUAAAAUGGAAUGAUGAUGUAAACAAAAAGAUCUCAAGUUGUUACGCGACAUCAUCCGUCUUGAGAAAAUUGAAACAUUUGGCACCAUUUAAAAUUCGGAAGCAACUCGCGGAGUGUCUGGUGCUAUCAAAAAUUGAUUACAACGAUGUCAUGUCUAGUCCAGUACCAGAAUACCUAUUAAAACGCUUACAACGAGUGCAGUUCGCUGCUGCUGGCUUUGUAUUUAAUAGGUACGCUAGAUUCACUGAUGUCAUGUCUCUCGGUUGGCUUCCAAUUUUGGAACGUAGGAAUUAUCAUCUUGCCAAAUUAGCAUACAAAGCAAUGAAUUGUGAUGACUGGCCUUCAUACUUAAAAUUAGAGGAAUUUAUUCCUAUAAGAACAUUACGAUCAUCAUCUGCCCGGCGUCUAGUAGUCCCUAUUAUCUCUGGAACCUUCCAAGAUGAAGCAGCUCGAGUGUUCAAUUCUUUACCUGAAGAAAUUCGAAACUGCGAUACAUUUAAAGAUUAUUGCAGAAACUCCUCCGAGUACUUCAAAACAUUAGUCAAAAACAGAAUUUAUAGUGACACGUCGUAAACUCUGUUGACAUUGUGUGUAUAACUAUACUGUAUUUUACUGUGAAAAAGUAAUGUCAAUUGUUAAAUACUGUAAUUUACAACAUACUACGUAUUGUAAUACUUGUUGUGUCGUAUUAUGUACUCCGUUGUAUGUAUUGUAUACUUUGUUAUCUUAUAAUCAAUCUCACUUGUAGCAUAGAAGAGCCACUAUGUGGAAAUGCUAUUAAAUUAUUAUUAUUAUUAUUAGAUGACAUGAUUGUUAUCUGUUCCACAGUUCGAAAAUGUCCGGUGAACUGCAAAUUCCGCAAAAUUUCAUAUUUUGUGAAAACUUUAUGCAAGCAUGCAUGGUAGUUUGUGGGGUCUGCUAGUAUUUUUACCAUUAAAGUUAUUUUGAAAAGUAAAUUUUCAAGUGCGGGAGAGUUGUUUUUAAAGAUCUGUAAAGUCUGUAAUGUAAACAAACGCUUUGUUUACAUUUUGUACUCAGGUGCUACAGUUGUAAAAUAUAAUUAGAUAUAUAUUAUACUGAAUUUUUAACACUCUUCUGGUUCGCUAUGCUUGUAAAUGAAUACAGACUAGAGAUUCAAUAUUAAUAACAUUCCAAUGGUCGGGUCAAUGUAGGGCUGCGCCGAACGGACUUUACAGCAUCUUUAAAAAACACUUUUAAAAAAUGGACGACUUCAAACGCCAUUUGAAUUCAUAGGAUGCAAAUUUAGAAGGUGGUUUAUGAACUAUGAAAGUACCAGACAAUUUGAUAUACAUUAAGUCCAACGCGAGACCUGUAAAGGAUCGUUUACACUUGCAAUUUUUGCUGCGAUUUUCUUGUUCUGAUGAAUGUGAACAAGUGGAUGAGUUAUUUAUGGUCAGAUGAAGCUACAUAUGCUCAGAAUAUUAAUAGUUCAUCCACUCGUUCACAUGAAUCAGAAGAAGAAAAUCCCACUGGAAAUUGCAGCAAAAGCUUUAACCUUUCUCUUUUUAUUUUGUAAGGUUAGAUUUUUAACGUGAUUAUAUCACAUAUAGUACAGUGUUGUGGCCAUUAUAAUUUUAAUUAUACGUUUAUGUUUAUUUCCAACAGAGAGCUGCAGCAGUCUCUGGCAAAUACUCCAGUAGGUGCAGUACCAAAUGUACCGAAACAUCAUGAAGGUAGGAUAUUAUCAUGCGUUUCAAUAUUCUACAUGCAGAUAAUCUACGAAGAUCGACUGUCUUUUGGUUUUUGCCGAGGUUUUUGCCAGACUACCUGAAAAUGAUUAUUAAAGCCUGGUUUCCAUGUGAUCGUAACUGUCGCGAACGUGUUGUAACUGUCGUCAGAGUAAUGUUCACGACCAAAUGGAAACAUGAAGAAAAGUCUUGUCGCGACACACUGGCAACAGUUCACGACAGUUGCAACAGUGUCGUCGAGAUAGACUCGAGUUCUAUCUCGACGACAGUUGCGACAGUUGCGACAGACUAAAAGCGUGUCAUGACGGUUAUUUUUUAAUGGAAACAGAAAAACGACGGCAACAGUUUGUCUUUUAAAACUGGCGCCAACUAUUUAAUUGUACGAUCCCUGGAUACGAAAUUGCGACAGUGGAUGACAGUGUCACGACAGUACAACUAUAUAGAAACAAGCAUAAAAAUCAUUCCUGACGACAAACACUUCACGACACGUUGGCGACACAUUGGCGACAGUUACAACCAUAUGGAAACCAGACUUAAAAAUGAAGUGUUCUGAUGUUUUCACGUAGUUACAACAACAACAUUUAAUUGUAGUCCAACACUGAAUGCAGGGUGCGAAUUAACAGCCUAUAUUUGAUAAAUCGUCAUGCCAGAAAGCACUUUUAGCGGCCUACAAUUUCAGCUUUAAACAAUGGCGGGUUUUUGGUGGAAAUAGUGGGGGAGGUGGUUAAAGUAUUUUGCUUGUUUACAAACAGCGUCGGUUAUGUAUGAAGUAUAUAAAGAAGUGUAAGUAAUCACCUGACUAAGAGUUGUUUGCACUUUUCAUUAAAAAUUUAGCUCCAGAACGUCCCAAGCCCCCAGCGCGACCAUCUAGACCUCCACGUAAAACAGAUACCCCUCAAACACCUCCUGUAACUCAACAGCCCCCUGUACCUCAACAACCCCCUGUACCCCAGCAAGCUGCUAAUUUACCACCACAAUAUCCAGCUCAAGGUUACCCUAACCCCUCAGCACCCUACCAUAGUCCCCCAGGAGGAUAUCAACCUAUGCCAGCACCAGGUUACCAACCCUUUCCGAACUAUGCCCCUCCCGGAGGUAUUGCUUCUAUACCACCCGGAUAUCCGGGAUACCCUGCAGCUGGAGCACUGCCUCCAACAUGGCAUUACCAAGGUCAGGGAUAUCCACAACAACAACAAUAUCAACAAUAUCCUUACCAAGGCUAUCCGUAUCAAAGUCCACCUGGCGGGUAUCCUAGACAGUAAUACUGUGAUCUUCAAGACAUAGUCUCAAAGACAGUAAAAUUACAUUAUAGUUAAGACAAUAUAGUCAAGGUAUUAUCUAGAGCAUUAAUGUGGACAACUGAACAAUUGUGGUGAUAUCCAUGAGAGUAAAAUUAAAUAUCCGUUGGGAAUGUAAUAAGUAAGACAGUUGCUGAUACUGUCUGAAUUGCAUAUCAAAAUACAAAACCCCUCGAUCCAUUACAGUCAGUCAAUCAAUCAAUUAGUACUUUCCUCUAUUAAAGGUUAGAUAAGUUAGGUAUAAGACACUUGUAAAACAUAUUAAUGUAUUUUAUACAAAAAUUAAAAGUUAACUUUAUCAUUGCAUUAUUUUCA